AUGAAAGUUUAUUAUUUUAUGGAUGGUAUUGGAAACGCGCGCACAGGGCACUCGGCUGCAACUCAGCCUGAGGACCAGAUACACCCAUUCAUGAGGUGUAUGGUAGGACACGUAAUUUUAGCGAAACAAUUUGCACGGCAGUGUGACUUCAACACCUUAGUGCCUUAUGCACGCGAGGCCACAGACGGUAUGAGGACACUGGCCAAAGUGGACACUAGUAAUACUGCAUGCAACGGAUUGGAUUUCGAUACACUACAAAUAGGGCACAAAUUGGUAGGAAAGACAAUUCAGGCAUGGAUCGAGGAGAAGAGGAGUGACUGGAAGGCUAUAAUGGAAGAUUAUAUGGACCACACUUGCGACGCCCACACCAGAAUUGAGGCAGGCGGGCAUAGCGGGCAAGAUACACACGAAGAGACAGAGCCACAGGGUGCACAAGGGAACAUUAGUCCGAACGAUUUAAAAAAGUUGGCCGCGAGUACAGAUGAAUUAUCGAAGGACGAAGCGACUGAAGUGUUAAUACAGAUAAAGGAUGAGAAGGAUGCAAACAACAUAUUGAGGAAGCUCCAGGAAGGCCUUCAGG